UCUCUCUGGCAGCCCCACCCCCAGCUUCAGCCUCUGGUAUCAUCGAUCUGGACAGUGGUGGACACACUGACCGGCUGCUCCAAGUCACCAUGGACCCUGAAGGCCUGCAGCUCCUGCUGCCCUCGACGACCCUAGCAGCCCUGGCGAACAGCUGGCUUCAGGAAGACUGCCCGAGCCUCAAUUUUGCAGCCUUGGUCACCGGGUCGGCUCCAACACAGGCUGCGCUGUGGGCCAAAUCCCCGGGGGUUCUGGCCGGGCGACCUUUCUUUGAUGCCAUCUUUACCCAACUCAACUGCCAAGUGUCCUGGUUCCUCCCAGAGGGAUCGAAGCUGGUACCUGUGGUCAAGGUGGCAGAAGUCAGGGGACCUGCCCACCACCUGCUGCUGGGGGAACGGGUGGCCCUUAACACCUUGGCCCGCUGCAGUGGGACUGCCAGUGUGGCAGCGACAGCUGUGGAGGUGGCCAAGAGCACCGGCUGGAAUGGGCAUGUGGCGGGCACGAGGAAGACCACUCCGGGGUUCCGACUGGUGGAGAAGUAUGGGCUCCUAGUAGGAGGGGCUGCGGGCCACCGCUACGACCUGGGAGGGCUGAUAAUGGUGAAAGACAACCACGUGGUGGCAGCCGGCGGCGUGGAAAAGGCCGUGCGGAGGGCCCGGCAGGCAGCUGAUUUCGCUCUGAAAGUAGAGGUGGAAUGCAGCAGCCUGAAGGAGGCCUUGCAGGCAGCAGAGGCUGGCGCUGAUCUGGUACUGCUGGACAACUUCAAGCCUGAGGAGCUGCACCCCACAGCGGCAGCACUUAAAGCCAAGUUCCCCAGCGUGGCGGUGGAAGCCAGUGGGGGCGUCACACUGGGCAACCUCCCCCAGUUCUGUGGGACCCACAUUGAUGUCAUCUCGUUGGGGAUGCUGACCCAGGCUGCUCCGGCCCUGGAUUUCUCUCUCAAGCUGUUUGCUGAAGGGGAUACUCCAGUGCCUUAUGCCCGCAGGUCCUAAAGCUGAAGAAGACACCACCAGUAUGCAUUACUCUGGCUUGUUGGCCCCCUCAGGUCCCACAUUUUUAGGUUCAAAGGUCAACAAGAUACACCUGACACUGGGGCCUGCCACCAGCUUGUGUGACCUGCCGGGACUGAUUUUGAUUUUGCUUGCCUCAGUUUUCUAAUCUGUAAAAUAGGUCUCAUAAACUGUUCAGCCUUGCUGGGCUGUUGAUACCAGCUACCAUAUAACGAGUGGUCAGUAAAUGCUAGAAGUCAGCGCCGCUCAACUAUUUUAAGACAUAAACUUGUUCAAACACUGCCUUCUCGAAGGGUGGCCCCCUUAACGAAUGGUGUCUCAUAGCAAGCCUCUGGCAGGCGGCAGCUGACACCACAUGGCCUCAUGUGCAGCUAGGGACAUUUGGCAGGAGACCGCCACUGGCUAGCACAGCCCAAAGCUCUCUUUUCUUCCUGCAGUGUUGGGGAUGGGGCCAGGGCCCCAGGCAAGAGCUCGAACACAGCUCUGUCCUCAGCCCUCGUCCUCCCUCCCUUCCUCCUUCUCUCUUGCUCCCUCCUCCUUCCCCUCCCCCCUCUGCCUCAUCAUGUAGCCUAGGCUGGCCUUGUACUUCUGGCUUUCAAUGCGAUCCUGUGUGUUGCCGCUCAACCCACGCCUCCACACCUGACUUAAAACAGCUCUUUCUGCAUGUGUAGAUUAGAAAUUGUGAGCAUUAGGAAGGCGCUGGGUAGAAAUGCAUGGCGGUUCUCUUCUUAUACCGGGAGCAAUAUCUUAUAUUUGAAGGUGUGUGGCAUCAGGUUUGCCCUUUAGCUGGGACAUUACCCCUGGCUGGUGCCUGAGGCACUACCAUGACCUCACCUAAGCCUGGAGUUUCUAAGGCAGUUCUAGGAGGAACAUGGCCAUGAGCGGCCCUAGGUGCUGGUGGCCCAUGAGGUGACUCUUCCCAAGGGCUCCCUCUGCCUCUUAGAGCCCAUGCUUCUCACGCCUUGCCACAAGGAGAGGAAAAAUUCAGCUCUUUCCCACAAAGUCCCUAUCCAAAGGGCCCUAGGUUGACUGAGAAAUAUUUCCUGCCUGGUGUCCCUUGGGGGCGUGUAGAGGCAAACACUCAGCUUACUUCAGUCAGAAGCCCCACAGACGAGGCCCACAUCAUCCAGACCCCUGCUCUUGGCAGACUGUGCGUCAGGAGGCCCAGAGUUUCUUGGCAGAGAUACUGGACAGAGCUGGCUGCUGUUCUGAAUGGAAGGGGCCGUUCUCAUGGACAUCAUGAUCUGGAUGUGCUACAUGACACUGCCCCCAUCCUCUCUGACCCCGCCUGGGUCCUGUCCUUUCUCCAGGGGCAGCACGGCCACACUCUUAGCAAGGUGGUCCAACUCCAGAGACCUUAGGUCUUUGAGAGCCCCAACUCCUUCCUCCCUCUGAAGAAGGAGAACCGAGUCCCCACAGAACUGGGCACUGCUGGGCCCAGUGCAGGAAAUAUGGGCCCAGGGAUGCUCCAGUAGUCAGCAAGCCCCAAAUCUAGAAUUCUGGGUGGUAUCAGAGCCUGAGAGGGGCCACAGUGGGGAAUGUGUGUUAGGAGACCCAAACUCAUGCUCCAGAAUCUAAAAUUAGCGAGUGAGGCUGGAACAGAGGGGGUGGGCUGUACCCAGUGGCAGUACAUUGCAUCCCGCACAUGUCACAUCUACAGCAUUGCUGUUCUGUUUUUCCUUUAAGACUCAAGCUCAUGUAGCUUACUUAUAUAGCUCAUGUAGCCCAGGCUCUCCCAGGACUCACGAUGUAGCCAAGGCUUGUCUUGAGCUACUGAUUCCUAAGCCUUCACCUCCCAAGUGUUCAGAUACCAGCAUAAGCCACUCUGCUUGGCUAAUGUUGCAAUUAUUGUUAUUUUUAUAUAUUUUUAUGUGCAUUGGUAUUUUGCCUGCCUGUAUGUCUAUGUGAGGGUGUCGGAUCCCUGGAACUGGAGUUACAGAUAUUUGUGACCUGCAACGUGGGUGCUGGGAAUUGAACUCAGGUCCUUUGAAAGAACAGCCAGUGCUCUUAACCCCUGAACCAUCUCUCCAGCCCCAAUUAUUAUUAUUAUUAUUAUUAUUAUUGGUUUUUUGAGACAGGGUUUCUCUGUGUAGCUUUGGUGCCUUUCCUGGAUCUCACUCUGUAGCCCAGGCUGGCCUCAAACUCACAGAGAUCUGCUUGGCUCUGCCUCCCGAGUGCUGGGAUUAAGGUGUGUGCCACCACCACCUGGCACUUAUUAUUUUUAAUGAACUCCGUCAGGCUGAAUUUUAAGCUCAAUUUUGAACUCAGAAAUGAGUAGCCCCUCCAGGAUUCUCUGAAUCUGUGAACUGGGAAGGGAUUCCAUUACCAGAGGAAAGCAAAUAGAUCCCAGGAAAGCCAACGCAGCACACACACUCCUCGAAGGAGAGAGGAGGGUGUUGGUUUCCGGGCAGAGGCGACUGCAUGGGCAGAGGCCCAGAGGUAGGUAAUGGCUUGCAGUGCGUGUUGAAAUAGUUGCAGCUGGGCUCUGGAAAGCAAGAUGACUAGGGGAUAGGCUGCCUCCAGACCACAAAAUAGUAGGUCAGAUGAGGCUUUGGACUCUGUCCCAACGACAAUCAGAUUCAAGCUAGAAAAAUGAGAUAAGCCUAUUUUCAGGGCAGUCAGUCCUCUGAAGGAAGAUGCGUUUGGAGAGGGGCAGGGCGGCUACAGGGAGUUGGAAGGAAGCGGUCUGGGGAGGCUUGAAUGUGGGCCUUGCCAGUGGAACAGGCUCCAGUGUGGGUAGAGCAGUGGUUCUCAGCCUUCCCUAAUGCUCUGACCCUUUAAUACAGCUCCUCACGUUGUGGUGACCCCCCAACCAUAACAUGUUCAUUGCUACUUCAUAACUGUAAUUUUGCUACCGUUAUGAAUCGUCAUGUAAAUAUCUGAUAUGCAACCCCAAAGGGGUCAAGACCCACAGGUUGAGAAAUGCUGGAGUAGAGGCUAGAACCUCUUAGAGGGCUCAGGGGGCAGAGAGAGGCUGGGUGUGGCUCAGGGGGCUGGAGGGAGGAGAUGGCAGGAGUCUCCCUUCCCGCUUGGUGGUUGGUUUCCUGGCCAGCCUGGGGCUAGGGCUACAGCACGUCUCCAGGCUGGCCCAUGCCCAGUGCGAAGCCUUUGACAAAUGGCCAAAUUGACUUGCUAAGUGAAGAUGACUACUGCUGUCCGCCUAUGGCGUCAUCAGGGCGGACUGCAGGAUGAGAAGGGAAGAGGCAGGGACUGAGUGCUCUGGCCCCAAAUGUGUAGGUCCCAUCCUUCAGUUAAUGAUGGGGAGGUGUGGGGUGUCAACAUUUCCAUGUUACCCACAAAGAAACUGAGGCCUGUGAGGUUAAGAGCAUUACUGUGGAGUCUAUAACACAGUGGCGGGGUAGAAUUUGAAAGCAUUCUUCCUUCCUUUCAAUGGAUGCCAGACAGUAUUGUAGAUGCUGCAUAUAAAACAAUGAGCAAGCAGACAGAACCAUUUGUCCUCACGGAGACUGUAUCUGAGGGGGUGGGGUAGGGUGGAGUCGGGAAGAACAAUGAAAAGGAAACAUUCUUACAAAUGCCCUUAUGACCACCAGAGGGCAAUGCAGCCACACAGCUCGGGGACUCAAAAAGACAAUAGGCCAGUUGGCUAGGGACACCAAAUACAGCAUCUAUCUGUUUCCCAAGACUGGGUUGGUGGUGGUGGCGUAUGCCUGUGUUCCCAGCAUUCACCAGACAGAGCCAGGAGGACUGCCUGUUCCAGGCCAGUCAAAUCUACAUAGCCAGUUCUAGUCCAGCUGGGCUGCUGACUGAGAACCCCUUUCAGAGGAGAAGAGAUAGAAGAAAGAAGCCUUGAAUCCAGGCACUUGAAAAACUGAGGCAGGAGAAUCACAUUUUGGAGGCCAAAAUGGGCUGCAUAGACCUUGUCUCAAAACAAACAACAACAACAAAAAAAAAACAAAAAAAAAAACCAAAACCUGAGAACAAAACAGAACAAAAAAGACCUUGGGCAGAAAGGAGAAGAAAGCUGGGGGAAUUCUUCCACCCACUUGCCGGCUUGUCCAGAUCUUCAUGCAACUGUCCCAGUGACAUGCAAAGCCCAAGUUCAGCUAAAACUGAUUCACUCACAAGUUCAUCAACAUUCCCUUCCAUUUACUCACCUGCACACUGGCUUCCAUUGUUUUGCCUCUCCCCCAACCAGUCAGCUUCUACCCACCCAUCUACCCUACCCACCCAUCUACCCUACCCACCCACUUACACUUUCAUCUACUCAGCUCUGGUCCUACCAUUCAACCCAGUCACCAACUAAAGCUACGUUGGGCCAGAGCGGGAGGCCUUCGGUGGGAGGCAACAAAGGAUCAAACUUAGUUGAGAAGGAUCCUCUCCACACACAUGAGUCUUCGCAGGAGUUUUUAUGUGCCAAGGCCAAUGAAGGGUGGAGGUGUUUAAAACCAGCAAUACCCUUUAGCAAACCCAUGUUUCUGGAAACAAUUUUGCACUUGAAAAGAUCUCGCUAUCGUGCGAUGAUAUGAACACACAGCAUGAGCUCUCGCCAGAGGGAAAAUCUGCAAACGUUUCAGCGUCUCCUGGCUUUGUUCUCACGGUGCCCCGAACAUCGGUCAUUUGGGCAGCUUUACCUUCGGAGGCCCCCAGUAGUGAAGCGCUGUGAGUCCAAACUGUGAACUACAAUCUGAUCAUUAGACUGUUGGUAAAUUUGCACCUAUCCCACUGGGUGGUGGUGGUGGUGGCGCACACCUUUAAUCCCAGCACUUGGGAGGCAGAGGCAAGUGAAUCUCUGUGAGUUCGAGGCCAGCCUGGUCUACAAAGUGAGUUCCAGGACAGGCUCCAAAGUUACACAGAGAAACCCUGUCUCGAAAAACCAA